GCUUGCUUCAGCCUUCAUCAACACACCGAUCAUUAUCAGUUUCAUCACGUCUUCAACUGUUCUUUCAACUGUCUUUCCUUCCAUCCACAAACCCCGUAUCAUCUUUUUUCUGUUUUUAACCUUUUUUUAAUUUAAUUUCAUCUUCAAACUUCAACGUUCAUAAGGAUUCAAAGUGGAGGCUAUUAUUGAUUUGUGUGGAGUGUGAGAUAGAUUCACUGUGUGAAGUUUGUGGAGAUCUAAAGAGUUACGGAAUCAAUGGAGCCACCCCGAGGUUUUUGGGCUUCUUUAUGGAGCUUUAUUUGUUUUCUUCCUUACUUCUUCGGGUUGCUUCUUCUGGGUGUCAUAAAGGGAAUCAUUUUCUUCCCAUUUAUAUGCCUUAUCAUGACAACUGGAAACUCGGCUAUCAUAUUGGGACUCUUGCCAGUACAUGUUUUCUGGACUUACCAUUCCAUUUUGAGAUGUGAACGAUUAGGGCCAGUUUUGAAGCUUGUUAUCUGCAUAUGCAUGCCAGUCUUGUUGGUUUUGUGGCCAGUAGUUGGCAUUGUUGGAAGCAUCAUUGUGGGAGCACUUUAUGGCUUUCUUUCACCAAUUUUUGCCACUUUUGAUGCUGUUGGAGAAGGGAAAGAAAAUGAUUUGUUCCACUGUUUUUAUGAUGGAACUUGGAGCACUGUAAAACACAGCUUCAUUGUAGUCAGAGAUUUUCGAGACGUUUGUUUCCAUUCAUACUUUUCAGUUAUGGAUGACCUGAAGCAGAAAAGGACAGAUGGAAAAUAUUACGAGAUAAGAUUGCUUGAUAUUCCUGGUGCUAUCAUAGCUGGGGUGCUCGGUGUACUGGUUGAUGUUCCAUUGAUCUCAGUCAUUGCCAUAUUCAAGAGCCCCUAUAUGCUCUUUAAGGGGUGGCAUCAAUUGUUUCAUGACCUUAUAGGUCGAGAAGGCCCAUUUUUAGAGACUAUAUGUGUACCGUUUGCGGGUCUUGCCAUUCUACUCUGGCCAUUGGCUGUUGUUGGGGCAGUUUUAGGCUCCAUUCUAGCUACCAUCUUCCUUGGUGCUUAUGCUGGGAUAGUUGUUUAUCAGGAGUCCUCUUUUUGGUUUGGUCUCUGCUAUAUUGUUGCUUCCUUGUCCAUUUAUGAUGAGUACAGCAAUGACAUUCUUGGCAUGCGUGAAGGAUCCUGCUUUCCUAGGCCCCGGUACCAAAAGAAGACACAGCUGUCACGGACCAGUUCUCACAGAACUUCUUUCUCAAAGUCCAAUUCCUUCAAAUAUCCUCCCUCUCGCUCUGGUUCAUUCAAGCCUCCGACUGAAUUUAAGCCAUUUGAGCUGUUUGAGGCCUUACUGAAGGAGUGUAAACAACAUGGGGAAAUCAUGAUUGUCAAAGGACUAAUAACCGGUAAAGACAUUGAAGAUGCCAAAUCUAAUAAUGGCAGUAGAGUGGUUAGGAUUGGCUUGCUAGCUUAUUGCCUUUUUAAGGGACUUGUGCACUCUGCAAAAGCCAACUCAUCUGGAAUAUUGAUAGCUGACAGUGUUUCUGAGAUAACUACCACAAACAGACCAAAAGAUGCUUUCUUUGAUUGGUUUCUUAACCCCUUUCUGAUAAUGAAGGAUCAGAUUAGAGCGGAAAACCUUUCAGAGGAAGAAGAGGACUACCUAGGAAAAUUAGUUCUGUUGUGUGGUGAUAUUGCAAGGUUGAAAAACUCAAAUAGUUACUCACCACCUGAAUCUGAGCGUAAACGAGCUGAACUUGAUGCAUUAGCAAGAAGGCUGAUAGGACUCACCAAAUCUAUCUCAAGAUAUCCAACUUUUCGCCGUCAUUUUGAGAGUCUCAUAGAGACCCUAUCAGAAUAUCUUGCCAAGAAGAAUAGUGACUGUAAAUCAACUGAUAGACCUCAGAAAAUACAAAGAUCCAAGAGUGCAUUUGCCCAGAUCCAGAAAUCAUUUCAAAGGAUAACAAGCAACAACAGAUCUGAUCAAGGGUCAACAACUCUUAGGGAUGUCGACAUCUUAUGAUGGGGACGCUACUGUAGGGUCAAUAGCAUUCUCAUCUUUAUAUUCUCUUUGCUGCACAUAUAAGCAGAAAAAUUCAUUUUUAGAAUGAUCCUGUUCAUCUGUCAUCUUCUUAUGGUAGCUGGCACUGGGGGAGAAAGAACACAAAUGUGCACGAUGAAUGAAAUAUAACAAGUUCCCGCCACUGUCAAAAUUGCCUUCGUAUGUAGAGCUUCUGGCGUUAAAUAUCAUGGUAACUGUAAAUUCAACAUUUUUUGAGCCAUUAUACCCACAUGAGCUGACAAAUAAAUUAGCUUUGUAUUGGUCUGUUUGAUUGUAAACUGUGUUUUAUACUCCAACCGAUGUUGUCAUUUCAUCCUCUUCAGCCUGAUACAAUAAAGCUGGUUGAUACUUAAA